AUGAAGGUCUUCCUGUUGGCAGUGCUGCUGGUGUUUGCUGCAUGGGCAGGUUCAGCCCAGUCUCAGAAGGCUCUCAGGCUGUGUGGCCGGGAGUUUGUUCGGGCUGUUGUCUACACAUGUGGGGGUUCCAGAUGGAGGAGGGGCCAAACAGAGACCCCCAUAAAUGGUGAUGAUAUCCAGGCUGGUGUGGAGUCAUUCAGGGUCAUUACAGUAAUGGACAGAAUCAGAAGAGACCUGGACACAAUGCUGCCCAUACUGUGCUGUCAAGUAGGCUGCCGCAAAAAUGACCUCGCUCUCCUGUGCUGAGAAACACUCUCAGUUAUCAGCUUCUUAUAAAUCAAAAUGUAGUGUGGAAUAUGUAUUUAAGCUAUUACAUUUCUUAGGACUUCCAACAGAGA